UAGUUAAAAAGACAAUCGGAGCCUUUGACCAAUUAAAACUUCCAGUUUCCACACGCCAGAAACAAAAAAAUUUCAAAAGCCAACCCAUUUCUGAUUUUCCAUUUGAUCUGUUCAACUCAAGUUUACUCCUAAAUUUUCUCAAGGAAAACUCCCAAAAAUGCAUGAUUUUUGCUUCACAAUCCCUUAUGGAUUAAUUCUUGUGGCUGGCGGAGUUAUUGGGUAUUGGAGGAAAGGAAGCACAGCAUCACUUGCUGGGGGUGUUGGCACUGGGUUAGUUCUCCUUCUUGCUGGAUAUUUGAGCCUUAAAGCUUUUGAGAAGAAAAAGAACUCUUAUUUUGCUUUGGUUCUGGAGACUGUUACUGCUGCUGUGCUGACAUGGAUCAUGGGACAACGUUAUUACCAAACAUCUAAAGUUAUGCCGGCUGGAAUCGUUGCCGGAAUCAGUGCUCUUAUGACCGGGUUUUACUUGUACAAGAUCGCUACUGGCGGCAAUCAUUUCCCAGCCAAGACUGAAUGAUGAACACUGGUAAAAGUUAAAAUAUAGCCUGUCUUGUAUACCAAAGAACCUCGGUUUAUUCUUUUACCAAAGUUAUGCUGUUCUGUAAGAAAUAUUCUGCUUUUGAAGUUAGUGGAGUGAAUGGCUCACUUAAUUUUCCAAUGAGAUCAGGUUUGAAUGGAGUAGUUUGAUACAAA